GGUGCAUAACAAAAAGUAAUGGCCAUCUAUUUGAGUCCUGAAGAAGGAGGGGUAUUUGUGGUCCGACUACCGUAGGUGCGAUUGACUUCUCUUCAUGUAAGUGCCUAACCCACGCUGUCUGCAUGGAGGGGACACACUUCGCAAGAGCAUGACCACCCCGACCGAAACGGCGACUAAAGAGGAUUAAAAGCGACUCCGUCUUGAUGGGGGGAAAAGUUGAGCUGAGGAUUAACAAUUUGGGAUAAACAGAAGGAAGGUUUCGAGUCUUACCUGGUGUACAAAGGGCAUGAUAAAACCUCAGUGAUGGAGUCCACAGUUGUGAGUACGUCCAAUCUGGCCCCCGAUGAGUUCGAUAGGAACGUGCCGCGGAUCUGCGGCGUGUGUGGUGACAAAGCAACCGGCUUCCACUUCAACGCCAUGACCUGUGAGGGCUGCAAGGGGUUUUUCAGGCGCAGUAUGAAGCGCAAGGCGGCCUUCACGUGUCCCUUUAACGGCAGUUGCACCAUCACCAAGGACAACAGGCGCCACUGCCAGGCAUGCCGACUCAAGCGCUGUGUGGACAUUGGCAUGAUGAAAGAGUUCAUUCUGACGGAUGAGGAAGUGCAGAGGAAGAAGGACCUAAUUCAACGGAGGAAGGAUGAGGAAGCGCAGCGCGAAGCGGACAAGGAGGCGCGGCGACCACGGCUGAGCGACGACCAGAGUCAGGUCAUCGCCACGCUGGUGGAGGCCCACCACAAAACAUAUGACGACUCCUACUCUGACUUCUGCCGCUUCAGGCCUCCUGUGCGCGAAGGCCCAGUGACUCGUAGUGCCAGUAGAGCUGCCUCACUCCACUCUCUGUCUGAUGCCUCCUCAGACUCCUUCAGUCACUCUCCAGAGUCCGUAGACACCAAGAUGAACUUCAACAACCUGCUGAUGAUGUACCAGCAGGGAAGCAGCCCUGAUUCCAGCGAGGAAGAGGGCUCCAGCUUUUCCAUGCUGCCCCACCUGGCUGAUCUGGUCUCCUAUAGCAUCCAGAAGGUCAUUGGCUUUGCCAAGAUGAUUCCUGGGUUCAGGGAGCUGACUGCAGAGGAUCAGAUUGCCCUGCUCAAGUCCAGCGCCAUUGAGGUGAUUAUGCUGCGCUCAAAUCAGAGCUUCAACCUGGAAGACAUGUCCUGGAGCUGUGGUGGGCCUGACUUUAAAUACCAGGUCAGCGACGUCACCAAAGCUGGCCACACUCUGGACCUGUUAGAGCCACUGGUAAAGUUUCAGGUGGGCUUGAAGAAGCUCAACCUGCAGGAGGAGGAACAUGUGCUGCUGAUGGCCAUCUGCUUGCUUUCUCCAGACCGCCCCGGUGUGCAGGAUCACGCACGGAUCGAGGCCCUCCAGGACCGACUGUCCGAGACCCUGCAGGCCUACAUCCAGCUUCACCACCCAGCGGGACGACUGCUCUACGCCAAGAUGAUCCAGAAGCUGGCCGACCUGCGAAGCCUCAACGAGGAGCACUCCAAACAGUACCGCUCACUGUCCUUCCAGCCAGAGCACAGCCUGCAGCUCACCCCGCUGGUGUUGGAGGUGUUUGGCAGCGAAGUCUCUUAGAGCCUCUGCACCUCAGUGGUGGAGAGGAAGCUGGUAACGAGACGCCGUAGGGGUAAAAAAAAAAAGCAGGGAGCGGAGUAUGUGUUGGAAGGACUCAGUGGAGGUGUGGAGUAUGAAGCUAGUGGAAGAGAGAAAGCGGUGUGUGUGUGUUUGUUUGUUUUUGGGUGUGUGUGUGUCUUGUCUAAGGAAGUCUUUGCAUUAAGAACAAGGUUGUACGGAGAGCAGGCAGAUGUUGAGUUAGGUAGUACACAAACAACCUUCAUAUAAUACAAAUUCAAGUAUACAUGUAUACAUAAAACUUCUGCCUAUAUACGGUGUUUUUGUGUGUAUUCAAAUCACCAAACUGCUGCUUAAAAUGCCAGGACAUUUUGUGUGUGUGUGUGUGUGUACACAUGCCGUGCGCAUAUCAACACAACAAACAUACUCAGAGAUUUACUUUAGCCAUUCAGUUGAGCUACCUCUUUGUUUUACAUCACAUAUGUGGAACAGUCACUUUAACUUCAAUUUAGAUUCAGCAAGGAUGACACUUUGGUUUUUCAGUGCAAAAGCAGUGCCUGCACAUUUUUUUUGAUGUUUUUCAAAACUUUACCUUGUUUUUCAUCUGCUCCUCUCCAUGCAGCAUGUGUAUACAACUCAAACACAUGCCUUUUGCCUUUCACCAAAGGUAUGGUCUACUACUUUCUCAUAAAGCUUCCAGUAGCUAAAAAUAGCAUUGCUUCUUCAUGGCCUGCAUUACAAAUGCAGCCACUCAACAUGUGUGCAAGUUGUCCCACUAGGCUCACAGCACAGGAAACGCUCAUAUUUGAGGUUUAUACUGCAGUGCAGAAGUUGGUCUGCCUUUUUGUGAGGUUUGGAUUGGACUUUGGGGUGCCUGGUUUUGAGGUGAGAAUUAGCCACUAAAUGUUUUAGCUACUUUUACACUGCUAACUGUCAAUCAAACCAAGCCUGCAUAGUGGCUUCUAAAAUGGUCGCUUCCUUUUUUCUACUCUUUUGUUUAAUUUGUUUACUUGUAAAUAGUUAAUUACUACCACGUGUAUCCUAAGCACUGUUAUCACACCUUCUACUCAACCCUAUGUCUUGGUAUACACAGUAUCUAUUAUCACAGAUUUUUAAGGGCUAAAAUGCCAAAUCUAACUGGAAUAGUAAGUUGAGGCCAAAGCUAGCGGCCCGUCUUGUAAAUAUAUAGCUGCAUACUGGUGUAAUUGCAAUGGAUUCUUUAUUUUUAUUUUUUUAUUUUACAUCAUUUCACCGUUAAAAACAAUUCCAUGAAUUGUUCCUCCUUACUACACAGUGAGCUCCAUGGACGCAGAGCUUGGGAAGCUGCUUCAAACCUCCCGGAUAUCAAACUCCUUUUGUAUCUGACGGGGAAGUGGAUUUUCUAGAAUGUCUGAGGGCCGAUGUGGUGAUUCGCACCUUGAGACCCAGGCCUUCCUGUUUGAUGAUGUAUGCUGCGCAGCCCUCUAGUGGUUGCAUUGUGUCGCUGUACAUUGGGCUACAUAGAUUUUUCUCACGGCAAAUUUAAAAUAUAUAUAUAUAUGCAAAUAUAUUAUUGAUCCUUUUUUUGAUUUAUUAUCUCUGACACUAUUCUUGUUUGUUUGUUUUUUUUGACCAUGAUCAUGUUUUAUGGGUAAGGAUUUGGCUUAAACAGGGAUUGCUUGUAGAUUUGUUCAGUGGUGGGUUGAUGUAUUUGCUUAAUUUCCAAGGCUAAUUUUUUAGAAACGCUGAUCUCUAAUAUAAGCCAUAUAGAUUACUAAGCUAGUUGUACACUUGACACAUUACAGUGUGUCGUAAUGACUCCAGAGCCUUGGAUAUCCUCAUUAUAUAAUCUUUUAAACUCAUAUGCUAUUUAUCCUCGGCUCUUGGAAGAUAAGCUUGUAUGUGAUAGGAGCUCGAAUGCUUUCUCUCUGCUGUCAAAGUGCUUUCAGUCAUCUUUGGCUUCGGCUUCAACCAACGGCCUCUAAUGGCUUAUAAACCAAACUGCCACGAGGAUUUCAACCGCUUAGGUUUAGAGGCCGUUAAUGUACGACUUGCUGCAUGUGGGAUUAUGGUAAAAUAAAAAUAAAUGGUAUUAAGACAAUUGCCAAGUCAAAUUCUCCAAAAGUUCAGAUGUUUUCACUACAGCAUCUUGGCAUAAAAGAAGUCAUUUUCAGAUACGACAUGAGACAAAAAAUUGUAUUUGUCUUGUAUUUGCUGUGUGGCGGGAGACCUCAGUUAACACGGUACCAACAGUUGGUUAAAACCCGAGAGCAGACGAGGGUUGCUGUGUGAUCCCAGAGGAAGUCGUUGGGAGAGAGCAUGUGUUUGUUGUCCAGCUGGAUGUGUGUGAAGUUGUGACGGUUGCUUUAAUUUGUUCACCCAACAUGGCUUCAAGUCCAUUUUCCACAACUGUGGCUUUAUUCCGACUCUUCAUCAGUCACGGGGGGGGAAGACUUUGCAAGCGGACAAUUUUGGCCACGACAUAAAGAGGAUCUGCGUAGAAGAGAUGGUCGAAACGCUUUUGGAUGUUUUGCGAAAUCACGUUAUCAUAAGGACUAUAAUCCAAAUGCCCCACGAAUCCCCCAACUAUGAUGGAACUUUAAGGACUUACGGAUUGAGUGUGUUUAGGCAGUACCACUCCUAAUGUACAGGAUGUCAGUUUGAUGAGGGAUAUGAUGUGCUUGGUUACUGAACGCCGACUUUUGAAGAUUUUGAAAAGUCUCCAUGUUGUUUUUCUCUGAAUACAUACUUUCUGUAUGUAGGUAUGGGUUUGAUUUAGUUCAGUAUUUUUUUCCAUAUAGAGAUGCAGUGUUUAUUUGUGUAUGUAUUAUACCGAGGGAGGCUUGAUGAACAUUGUAAGUGCCACAGAAAGAGUUCCCUCACCAAAAGAACAGGGUAAAAGCAAAGAAGCUCUUAGGGCUUUGAAAACUGUACAGGAAGAGUGGCGGAUGCAUCAUAUAGCCGCUAAUUGAACAAGUAGAUUUUGGUCAGUAUUUACUUUUAAUCUUAAUCAUGAAAAGUGAACUUUAUUUUUUUUUUUUUUCCUUUUGUAUGACGAUGAUGUGAUUAAAUGUUGGUUUAAUCACCAUUCAAUUUCCUAACCAACAUACAGCACAUAACCUGCAAAUACGGCUAUAUUGAAAUAUGGUGCAUCCACAGCGUUUCCUUUCUGGUUUUAGAAGAAUCCGUAUUUUUUUUAACUGCAUUGCGGUUGUUGAAAAUACAGGAAUUUGAAAAACGUACGUCAACGGGGGUCGGAUGGAUCCGUCUUUGGGACAUUCCCUCUAGAUUGGCAACAUGACUCUGUUUUAGGACCUGCAAUAUACAACUCAUGGUACACUAUCACCAGCAAGCUUUACUGUAUAUCAUGUUAGACUUUAUAACAAUUUCCAUUACAAAUCCUGUCAUUAAAAACAUGUCAUAGAUCAUUCAUUGAUAACAUCUCCGACACAAAGGCUUUCAAGUCUUUUCUCUUCUCUUUUUGUUCUUCCCAUUAGGGCGGGGCUUGUAAUGGAAUCAACUUAAUUUAGCUCUUACAAAAAGGAGGGUUCACAAUGGAUGUACACCAUAAUUCACCUAAAAACCUACCUCUUUUAGCUCAGAUUUUGCUUUAGCAUUAAGCAUUUGCCUCUGUUUUUACUUUUUGUAAUAUUUGUAUUCAUGUUGGUAUUUAUUGCUAUCUAAUGAGUCAUACUUCAAUGAUUACCUCAGAGAUAUCUCACAGAUUUGGGAGAAUCCAGCUAAUGAAGUCAUAGUUUGUUUUUUUUUGUACAGUUUUCUUUCUUCUUGAACUUAGUAUUGCCUUUUUUUUUCACGCUCAAAAUACCAGGAGUGUUUUUAAUAUAGUGCCUUCACUCUGACCAACAGGACUCAGACUGGCUAGAGUGAGGCUGUAUUUACUCCAAAAAACCGACAUCCUUCUCGGCAUCUUGGUCUUUUGGAUAUCUUGGCAAUUUUUAGCAACCCACGAGAUUAAACUGAUUGCCGCGCUGCUGAUAUCGACCUCGUCUUUCUAGUUCUUGAGGGCGAACUGGAGGGGAGAACUUUGGAGUGAAUGCAAUUGCGAAAAAAAGGAACCUGAAAGACUUUGAGGCUGUAGGAGAAGCGAGAGGUGUGUGUGCGCUCCACUAGGUCCUUUUUUAGCAUGGUCUCAGCUCUGUAGUACACUAUCUCAUCCCAGUUAUUUGUCCCUUCAUUGCCCCCUCGACCCUCUCCUUCUGCCCCUCUGUCUACUCCCUGCACCUUCAUCAGUCCCUGCCAGUGGUUGGUCCAUCAAGAGGGAAUUAGUCCAAGUUAUAGCCUCAAUAUCCAUGCAAUGCUGCUUUUUAUCUUAAGCAUCACCAAGUUGUAUGUUAUUGACACCAAAUAAUGAAGGCAUCGUCCAAAAUGUCGCCCCCCCCCCCCCCC